GUAAUGUUUUUAGAGUUUGGGAAAUAAUAAUUGCAUCUCAAAAUAAAGUUUCAUGUCAUCAACCAGACGUGAAGCCAAAAAUCUAGGGAUUUUUUGACCAUAGCCUAUAUAAUGGAAAAUGUUUAUAAUCUUCGAUAUAUCUCAUUGUUUUCUAAUGUUUUCUAUUGCAAUCAUUUGGGAAUCGUUUGGGCAAGUUUAGGAAGGCACUUUCACAGUUUGGGAAGCAAUAAUUUUUAUAAUUAACGAAGAUUAAUGAAGCGUAUAGUUAUCAGACAUCAUGCUAAGGGCCAAUCUCUUAUUCUUUGAUCGCAAGGAAAUAAAUAGCAAACUGUGAUUGGUCAAUUCUACGACUACAUUUACGACUACAAUUCAUUGUAGACGGUCUUUUAUGUGUUUUGUGCUUUGACCUUACACCUACGUUGUAUCCACUGGACCUCACGAAUCUCUUGUGUAUAUUUGACUAUACUGUAUCGCAUGUCUUAAGAGCGAUUCGGGUAAGUUUAUUUGCAUCGCUUACAUAGUUACACACAUUGUUUAAACACAUCCAAGUAUUACUUAAUUGUUAUUUAAUUAAUAAUAUUGAAUAAAAAAAUAAUAUUAAAUAUUAAAAGUAAUUAAAAGAACUUAUCUUGUUCCAGCCUUACGAGACGUUUCACCGAUGUCUCUCCAUGGGAUUAGUGCCAUUCAAUUCCGAAUUCUCAUUUGGAAGCAAUCGGAACAAGCAACGAGAAAUGUUGUUGUCCCUCUGUUUGGAGCAGCGAUGGUCCACGGUUUUAGUGAAAUGUGCUAUUGAGUGGUCUGACAGUAGUGCCUCGUAUUUGUACCCCACUUUCCUCAAAUGAGUUGUCCAAAGAGCAUCUGAAAUUAAGAUAUUCGCGGAUCGACUCUGUGUUCCUCUCUUUGACCAGUCAGGUAGCAGUAUCGGCAAGGCCGACGUGAAGACUCUGCGAUUUUGCUCGCAGCAAUUAGAGUACCUGUCUAACGUGGUAGGUAAGCUACCGUUCGCAACACCGGACUUGAUGAAGCAACGAAGGACGCUGGAACAUGUCUUCACGUACUUCCAAGUGCUCAUUUGGUUCUAUGAUGUUGGACUGUUGCCCAAAACAGGACUUGAAUAAGGGCGCUUUGCCUAUCUCCUUAGCGUUGAAAGUGUCUUACCCGUACGAGAAGCUUUUGGCACUUUACAAAGAGAGACGAGCUCAGGUUCUGACGAGAAAUAAUAACGCUGGCAACGAAAACUGGGAGACCUUUUUCAUCGAUGAACUGAUGACACGCGAGUGUUCCAAGUUGAAGGCACAGUGGGAGAGAGAGGGUGGCACUACUACGGGCAGCUGCUAUCUGCCACCAUUGUUGCAAUCCUUGUUACGAAGUUACUUAACCGAUUGUCACCAGACGGAAAAGAAUGAGACCACCUGUAAACAUCAGAUUACGAUUUAUCUUCUGAUGGAUCUGGCUAUCCUGCUGCAACGGUCUUAUCCCGCGGUGGAUCAGCUCAAGUAUUCAUUUGCGUUCAAGAUGAGCCCUAGCCUUAUUAAGCUCACUCAGGCAUUCUGGUUGCUCGAUGACGAAGACUAUCAGGGUUUCCUCGAUAUGACUGGUCAACUGAUCUCCGACUUCGACGUCAAGGAUUGGCAUCACAGAUUAAUACUACGUACUUUGAUACGCAACAGCCAGCACAAACUGGCACUCGUGUACCUCCGCGUAAGGAAACCACCUUUGUCUUCCAUGGAGGAGCAAGGUGUGGCCGUAAGCCUAUCGGUGGAGCACGGUCUGGUGCAGUCGGCCUUCCAUCGCCGACCGCCUUGCCACUACGAACAACUGUUGAAUAUCUUUAAUUUGCGUACCAAGGAUUCGCUGUACGACAGUUUCGUCUUUAUCACGAUCGUAUUAUUAAUAACCGUUGUAUGUGUACCGGCUAUUCUGUUAAUUAUGCCGCAUCAGAACUAUGUCCAGAUGGGACGACCUUGUAACGUUUCGAAUGCAGAAACAAUUUUGUUAAUCCAGAAACAUAUGCAUCAUUUUAAGACGAACAAUUUUCCUGCUCGUUCUGCAGAAAUUUGGAAGGAAAUGAGUAAAGAACUUAAUGGGAGGUGGAAACCGCAUUCUGUGUAUACGCAUGUAAGAGAAAAUAAAAAUGAGAAUCUCGAGAAAGCUCGAAAGAAUUUGGGUAUAAAUCUACAAUAUGCAAGACCAAUCAUCAAUAUAAUUGACAAUGAUACUAUUAAUGAGCUGUCGGAUACACCAGAGAGAUCAUCUUAUGAUAACGAUGAUGAAGAUGAUUAUUAUGAUAGCGAUGAUGAAGAUUCUACGGAUAUUGAAUCUUUUGCUCUGGUUCUUUCACCAACGGAAUGCGAGAAAAUAAAGCCCGAGGAAACUAACAAUAAACGAAAGAAAUUAAAAUCACGAAUUUGGCCCAAUGUAAUUACAAAUGUGUUUUGGAAAUUGUAUAAAUUUCCUUGCGCCUUUCUAGGCAAAUGGUCAUACGUACGUACACACAAGGAUAACGAAAAUAUUGAAUCGUCUGGAUUUUACUUGAAAUUUAAAGGUAUAUGCAAGAGUAAAAACAGUAACAACAACAUUGUUGGCGUAGCCGAAAAAGAACCAGUUAAUGGAAAGCUACAAUUAAUUAUCAAAACGCGUGACACACGCAAUAAUUGUCAUGAAGAUGUGAAAAGACCAUUAAAUGGUUUAAACAGAAAAUUAAUUGGUCAAAAAUUGAAACGAAGGAGAAUUGCAGGAUAUCGACAGAAAGUACUUGCGGAGAAUAUGGAAUUUGGAGAGAACGAACCUCCAUGGAUACAAAAAUGUCAUGUUUAUAGACAAGCAAAAAUGGAAUGUAACAAGGAAGAUCUUGGCAUAAAAUCAAGUGUGAAAAUGGACAUGAUAACUAGCAUCCGCAAUAUGUUAGAAGACAUCCGAUACCGCAAUGCUAUCCGUGAGAUUGGAGUAAAGAAGUUUUAUGUUUUUUUUACUGCAGCCCGGAACAAAUUUUCGUAGAAAAAGAAUACUGCCGAAUAAAAAACGGAUGUUCCCGAAUUUGUCUGGAUGCCACCGGUAAGGUAGUAAAAAGAUUUGAAAUUUUCCCAGGACAAAAAACUGGUCACGUAUUUUUAUACACAAUUACAAUCAAUUUUGAAAGUAAAACUCUUCCUGUAUAUCAAAUGUUGUCGGAAAAACAUGACGCAAUCUUCAUCACAUUUUGGCUUCAAGAAUGGAUACGCACAUGUGAGGCGACAAUACCAGACGAAGCUGUUUCUGAUUUAGGACGUGCUUUAUUAUUGGCUAUGUGUGAAGCACUUAACCGCAUGACAUUAAAGGAAUACGUCGACGUUCUUUUUAAAUGGGCAACGAAAGACAAACAUAAAAAUCCUCGUCCUUUUAAUACUGUAAUAAGAGCGGAUGUGGCUCAUCAAAUGGCUGCUGUCGCCAGGUGGAAAUGUAUCAAAGACUUGCAUCAUCCUGUUAUCAAAGGUUUCUAUCUUCGUACAAUCGCUUUAAUGAUUGAUUGUCAAACAGUACAAGAGUUAGAACAUGUAUUUCGGCUAACAUGCAUUGUUGCACUGUAUCUCGACCAAGAUGAAAGUAUAGUGAUAUCAGGGAAACAAAUGUCAGUUUUUCAAGCUAGACGCGUUUUGGAAGAAUACAUGGCUGAACGUGGACAGAUCAUCGAGAAGCUGGAGACGUCGAGAGAGAAUAUCGAAAUUGACAAGGAAGUUGAAAAUACUUUGAAUUCAGCUGAA